CAGCUUCGAUGUGUUGACAGUGUGUUGUUCUUUCUGCAGGUAGAGUAUAGAGAGAUGGAUGAGAGCCUUGCAAAUCUCUCAGAAGAUGAGUAUUACUCCGAAGAAGAGAGAAACGCUAAAGCUGAGAAAGAGAAGAAGCUGCCACCUCCACCUCCACCUGCUCCUGCAGAAGAAGAGAAUGAAAGUGAGCCCGAGGAGCCAUCUGGGCAAGCAGGAGGACUUCAAGACGACAAUUCUGGAGGGUAUGGAGACGGCCAAGCAUCAGGUGUGGAGGGUGCAGCUUUCCAGAGUAGACUUCCACAUGACCGUAUGACAUCUCAAGAAGCUGCCUGCUUCCCUGAUAUAAUCAGUGGGCCACAGCAGACUCAGAAGGUGUUUCUGUACAUCAGGAACCGCACCCUGCAGCUCUGGUUGGAUAACCCAAAGAUUCAGUUGACAUUUGAGGCAACCAUCCAGCAAUUAGAAGCACCUUACAAUAGUGAUACAGUGCUCGUUCACAGGGUGCACAGCUAUCUGGAGCGGCAUGGGCUGAUCAACUUUGGCAUCUACAAGAGAGUGAAGCCUCUUCCAACCAAGAAGACUGGGAAGGUGAUCAUCAUUGGUUCUGGUGUGUCUGGGUUGGCAGCAGCUCGCCAGUUGCAGAGUUUUGGGAUGGAUGUCACAGUUCUGGAAGCCAGGGACCGAGUGGGAGGAAGAGUUGCUACCUUUCGUAAAGGGAACUACGUGGCUGAUUUGGGAGCAAUGGUGGUAACAGGACUUGGAGGAAAUCCCAUGGCUGUGGUCAGCAAACAAGUGAACAUGGAGUUGGCUAAGAUCAAACAGAAGUGCCCACUGUAUGAAGCAAAUGGACAAGCUGUUCCAAAAGAGAAAGAUGAAAUGGUGGAGCAAGAAUUCAAUCGUCUGUUGGAAGCCACUUCUUAUCUCAGUCAUCAGCUGGAUUUUAAUGUUCUCAAUAAUAAGCCUGUCUCCCUAGGUCAGGCUCUGGAGGUUGUCAUACAAUUGCAGGAGAAACACGUGAAGGAUGAGCAGAUUGAACACUGGAAAAAGAUUGUGAAAACACAGGAGGAAUUGAAAGAUCUUCUUAACAAGAUGGUAAACUUGAAAGAGAAGAUUAAAGAGCUCCAUCAGCAGUAUAAGGAAGCAUCAGAAGUGAAGCCACCUCGGGAUAUUACAGCAGAGUUCCUUGUAAAGAGUAAACACAGAGAUCUGACUGCACUUUGCAAGGAAUACGAUGAAUUGGCAGAAACGCAAGGAAAGCUGGAAGAGAAGCUGCAGGAACUUGAAGCCAAUCCACCAAGUGAUGUUUAUCUGUCUUCAAGGGAUAGGCAAAUACUUGACUGGCAUUUUGCAAACCUGGAAUUUGCUAAUGCUACACCUCUCUCUACACUUUCACUGAAGCACUGGGACCAGGAUGAUGACUUUGAAUUCACAGGCAGCCACCUGACAGUGAGGAAUGGGUAUUCCUGCGUGCCCGUGGCCUUGGCAGAGGGGUUGGAUAUUAAGUUGAACACAGCAGUUCGGCAGGUUCGCUAUACAGCUUCAGGCUGUGAAGUGAUUGCUGUAAACACACGAUCUACCAGCCAGACGUUCAUUUAUAAAUGUGAUGCUGUGCUCUGUACCCUUCCCCUGGGAGUCCUGAAGCAGCAGCCUCCAGCAGUACAGUUUGUGCCACCUCUCCCAGAGUGGAAAACUUCAGCUGUGCAACGUAUGGGAUUUGGCAACCUUAACAAGGUUGUGUUGUGUUUUGAUCGUGUCUUCUGGGAUCCAAGUGUCAAUUUGUUUGGUCACGUUGGUAGCACUACUGCAAGCAGAGGGGAACUUUUCUUGUUUUGGAACCUGUACAAAGCCCCCAUCUUGUUGGCCUUGGUAGCAGGAGAAGCAGCAGGAAUCAUGGAAAAUAUCAGUGAUGAUGUCAUUGUUGGACGAUGUCUUGCCAUCCUCAAAGGCAUAUUUGGCAGCAGUGCUGUGCCACAGCCCAAAGAGACUGUGGUCUCCCGUUGGCGUGCUGAUCCGUGGGCCCGGGGCUCGUACUCCUAUGUAGCAGCUGGAUCUUCUGGAAAUGACUAUGACUUGAUGGCUCAACCAAUUACUCCAGGGCCAGCCAUUCCAGGUGCUCCACAGCCCAUUCCUCGCCUGUUUUUUGCAGGAGAGCACACAAUUCGCAACUACCCUGCCACUGUGCAUGGUGCUUUACUGAGUGGACUGAGAGAAGCAGGGCGCAUUGCAGACCAAUUUCUUGGGGCCAUGUAUACUUUGCCCCGCCAGCCUACUCCUGGGGUGCCCACACAACAAGCUACCACCAUCUAAAGGAAUGAGGAGGGAUCAGAAGAGGACUAACAAAGCCACAAAGCUGCUGCUGGGUGAACAGCUUGGGAUGAAGACAUUCAUGUAGUUUGUUCAGAGUAUCUGCUGAAGGAACUUGGCCAUAAGUUGCUGUGUUAGAAUGGCCUUACAAAAGCCAGUUGGCUUGGCAACCCUUGACAAAAACCUCAAAAAGCUGUUUCAAGUGUCAGCAUAUACAGAAUUCUUUACUACUAAAUUGGGCAAGGAGGUUUAUUUCGACUCUGCGGGUGCUUUCUGGAAGUCAAGCUUAUAGUUGGAGUCUUAGAGGGUUUUAUUCUACCUAUUCAUGUAUUUACAAUCCAGUAAUUGCAGAAAAGGCCCUUUAGAAAUUGGCUUCUACGAACUGUAGCUUAGUGUAGAAUUUGUGGAAACACUUUUGCUUAAUUUUGUUUUGAAGAAUAAUAUUUUUGACCAAUUUUAUUCCUCCCCAGCAUUUGAGGAUUUGGUGUGACCGUUUCCCUACCAGUAACAGUGCAUUGCACCCUUCCAGAGUGUGCCAAGCAUGCUGCAGUGGUAAAUAUUUUCAACAGAAGAAAUAACCUAAACUGGAUAUUCCGAAGUUAAAAGCUAGGAAAAAUCACUUGUGUUUGUUUAUAUAGAAGCAGAGCUGCCCAGACAGUAAGCUUGUGAAGGACUUCAUCUCACGAUCGGUGUGUGCUGCAGGUGGGCUGUGCCUGGUGGGUUUCUACCCCUUUCUUUCAAAGCCCAAAGGGAAAUACUUUCUUUUCUGCUGGGUUGAGGAGACAGUGUUGCAGCUGCCAGGUUAUCCUUAAAGUGACUUUGGCUUGGCUGCUUUUCUUUGUUUUCCUUCUUUCUCACUCAGUGCACAAGAACGUUCUUCUCACUGUGCAGAGUGCUCUUAUUUAAUCACUUAGGGCCUUCUCUCCCCUAUCUCUAGUUAGCACUGUGUUUUCUUCUCUGAACUUUUCUCACCUGUCUUCGUAGAGCUUGCUUACAUCUCUCUGUGAUCUUUCACACUUUUCUACUUCCCCUUUUUUUUUUUUUUUAAGUCUUUGUUCUCUCUGAUGUUCUGUGUGUACGUGUGUGAUCUGUCCCACCUUCUGUUCCACUGGCGAGUUGGUACCCACCCAUUUCCUGCUCUUCCCUCAGCAGUGUCACUGCUCACCUUAUUCCUGAAGAUGAUGCACAGACAAACACGACUGCAGCCCCCAUUUAUUUAUAGCAGUGUUGGUUUUGUCUGCAGGCUUUCAGUCUUGGUGUUGUUGCUUCUACUGUUUUCUUGUGCCUCAGUCUUAAAGCUGGAGAUCACUUUUCCUUCUGACUGUAUCUGCUGUCUUCAUAGGCAGAGCUUCUGAUGGGCACUGAGAAUGGAGGGACAAUGGGAUAAAUCAGAGCUGGUCAUCCUUACUUUCCCUUCCAGGAGGUGAGAGGACUUGGUGCUGCUUGGUUAGGACCUGGAAGUCCAGCAGGGCACAAAGGGAGCUGUGUCCAAGGGAAGUUUCAGAGGGCACUGGCUUAUUUGAGACUUAAAGCUUCCCUCCUUCUGUUUAGGUAAAAGCCUACCUGGAAUAGAAUGGAAUAGAAUCCUAGAAUGGUUUGGAUUGGAAGGGACCUUUGAGAUCAUCUAGUUCCAACCCCCUGCUAUAGGCAGGGACACCUCCCUCUAGCCCAGGUUGCUCACAGCCCCAUCCAGCCUGGCCUUCAGCCCUCCCAGGGAGGGGACACUCACAGCCUCACUGGGCAACCUGUUCCAGCAUCUCACUGCCCUCAUGGAGAUGAAUACUACUGAGAGACAUGGUGUUCCAUGAUGACAGUGUAACAAGCCUCUAAAAUCCAUCAAUAGCUGAUCUGUUUUCUUGGCUGUUGUGAUGGAAGGCGGGAAGUGGGUCUGAGGAUCAGGUGCUGUGCUCUGUAACGUGGCUUUGAGCUUCUGUGGGUCUCUGUAUCCAUAGGCUUGUUGGUAGUGCUGUGGCCAUGAGGACUGUCUUCCCACUUCAGCAGUGUCAAGAACUCAGACAAGCUCUUCUGGUUCACUGGAAACUGAAAUAGUCCUCAGCAAAACCAAGCUGUAUUUUCCAAAUAUCAAGCCACAUCAGAUAACUAAUGUUAUUUUCAGAGUCGGUGUUCUCCUAUUUAUGAUCAUUCUGAUGGAGACUUAGAUAUUCAGUGGACCAAAUCCCCUUAAAUGUACAGUAAUUUGCCAGACAUUCACACAUGAACAAACUUGCUUCCACACAUUGCCUUUGCUUUAGAAGUGAGCAGCUCGAUGUACUUCAGGCUUUUAGGAGCCUUUGGGGAUCAGCACAGACACAGAUGUGCUCCCUGCAUGGCCCAGCUGCCUGUGGUCAGUAGCACUGAUUGCACCCAAAGUAGAGCAGUGGUUGGGUGAAGGUGAAGGUGCCAGACUGCUCCCUUUUGUUUUUGGUUGUGUCCUGGGGGGUUGCUGGGGUGAAGGAAGCAUAGGGAAGAACACUGUUAUCCUAUGGCCAGCUGAAGUUUUGCAGACCUGGAUCAGGUGGCCCAGUGUGGGCUGACCUCAUGUUGAGGUUCAGCCCUGCCAGGCUGUGCAGUGAAACUUCCAUCCCUCGUCCAGGAGCAGGAGCUCUCUGCUCCUUGCAGCACUUGUGUUCCUAAGUGUGACUCCCAGCACUUAGCAGCUCUUUACCUGCAGCUUCUGUCCUCCAGGGACUGAUUGCCACCUCCCUCUGGUGGUGGCUCCCAUUCCAAUUCAGGAGCUUUCUGCUCUGCUCUUUUUACCAGGCUUUGGUGGACCUUUGGUGCCACCUGUAAUGGCUGUUCCUGUUGAAGUGCUCACUGCCAUUUUCCCACCACCUACGACCUGCCGAGGAGCAGAAAGUAUUGCAGUUGAAUGAAUUGCCAGAUCUCCCUCUCAGCAUCCUUCCUCGUGACGUGGUCUCCUUCCAGCUGCUGCCCUGACUUCCCUGUACGCCGCCUGAUCUGUUAGCACAGGUUGGGAUUGAAGGCAGCCAGGCUCUGUCCCAAAUGAAUGCAGUGGAGAUUGGCUGCACCAUCUGUUUGCAUUGCUCCCCAUCUGUUCUCAGGGACUCCCCACUUCUCGCUCUAUGGGUACGUGAACUGUAUUUCUGAGAAUAAAACUGAUUGGUGCUGUGUU